AUAGAUGCGACCACUAUGGCAUGUGCUAUGCUUUUCUAUGGGCUCGUUGCGUGGGCUCUUCUUUUCACAGUCAUGGGACUUCUUGGGGAUGUUGAACGAAGACUUAAAUACCGUAUAUUUCACGAAUUGGCUGUUCACGCUCAUAACAAAAGUGUACAUCCUGUUUCGGUUUCCCAAUUGGCGGAGGCAAAACGGCGGAUUAUUGCUGCCGAGAAAGAACCCGAAUUGAAGACCAUGGAACACAUUCAAAAGAACCUCUUGGAUAUCUGUGACUUGAUCAAAGAAAACCCUUGCGAUCUCAGGAGGGCCGAGACCUGUCCCUCUUGGAGGCCAGGGUGUUACAACCGUCCGACGUCACAUUGUCCCCCUUGGAUACCGGGAUGCAAUGUUCCCAUCCCGCCAAAAAAGUGUUGGUUCAAGCCAGGCCAGCGUUGUCCACACCCUUUAGGAGCUUAUUGCCAUGGAGGUGGUUGGUGUAAGCCAGGCAGCAAGUGCCCCGGUGACCCAUUACCAGAGGAAAAACCAGAGUCACCACAAACGGAGGGAAAUUCAGAUCAAUUAGCAGAGAGUCUAAAAACAACUUAUCCGAUAACAACGUCUCCCAGAACAACUACAACAACAACAACAACUACUACAACAACACCAACUACAACAACACCAACCACAACGACACCAACUACAACUACAACAACGCCAACUACAACGACACCAACUACAACAACAACAACAACAACAACAACAACAACACCAACUACAACAACACCAACCACAACGACACCAACUACAACAACAACAACUACAACAACGCCAACUACAACAACACCAACUACAACAACAACAACUACAACAACAACAACUACCACUACAACAACACCAACUACAACAACAACAACUACAACAACACCAACUACAACAACGACAACUACAACAACACCAACUACAACAACGCCAACUACAACAACACCAACUACAACGACACCAACUACAACAACACCAACAACUACAACAACACCAACUACAACAACCACAACUUAUACAAUAACAACGUUUUCUAGAACAUCAACAAUUCCGACUUCGAUAAGCCUAAGUACAACUUUACCAUCAGCAAAAACAUUUACUACAUCUUCAAUAAGUCUAACAUCUUCAAUCACAACAUCUUCCCCGAAAAAAGAUAUACCAAGCACAUCAAUGUCAACUCUGAGUUCACAUUUUUCUUCGCCAAUUCAUGCAAGUUCUUCAACUUCUUCUGGGCUAGGCGUAUGCGGAAGGCCGGGGGCUCCAGGUGGACCAAAUGGUCCAGGAGGUCCCAUGGGUCCAGGUGGCCCUGGUGGUCCAGGUGGCCCUGGUGGUCCAGAUGGACCUGGUGGUCCAGGGGGACCCGGCAUGCCUUGGGGUCCCGGAGGACCUGGAGGACCCGGUGGUCCAAAUGGACCUGGAGGCCCUGGUGGUCCCGGAGGACCUGGAGGUCCUGGUGGUCCAGGAGGACCUUGCGGUCCGGGAUGUGAAAAGGCGAGAAGGACAACUCGGAAGCGAAAAUGUUGCUCAAGAGCUAAGCAUAGGACCCCAAACCAUACACAUCAACCCAAUGGAGACCCCAUCACCUUACCAAUUGGUCCACCUGAAAUAAAACAGCUUAGAAUGCGGCCAAUAGAGGCGGAUAAAUUAUUUCCAAAUGAUAAAUUUAAAAUAUCGAUUAUAAGCCCAAGUAAUUUCCCAAUGUUCAGAAGUCAAUCCAAAAAAAAUUGCAUUGUCGCACAUAUUCUGAACUCUUUCAAUGAAGAAGAAAAUAAAAAGAGUGGAUAG